AGCAUCAAGUGCUGGCUGCAGUUUCUGAGCCAGUCCUCUCUGCUGCUUUUGCUGCUACACUUCACUUCAUUUGCUGUUUACAGAGGUGCCCCUCCUUUCAGCCUGGACUAUCGCACCACCACUCUUAGGACUUUCAAGCCUGAUGCUGACUGGAGAUAGCCAAGUGAGGAUCCUGUUACUGGCAUGGGAUGAACGGACCUAGCCUGAAGGUCAUCCAGGAGAAGCUGCGCCUAGUACUAUUCAGAAUUAUUAAUGCAUCUUUGACAGGAGUGGUUAUGCCUCUGAUGUGAAAACAAGACAUUAUUCAAUAGCUCCGCACCCCGCACCCCUCAACACAAAAGGGAUGUUGUCCUUGAUAAACAGCUAGUACAUGGCUUCAUGACACACCAAAAAGAAGAACAAUCCCACCUCUUGAAAAAAUGAGCAGGAGGAUUCCAUCAUGCAUGGAUAACAAAGGAAGCCAUUGGAAUUGGAAGAAUGUCCCUGUGAAUCCAUUUCAGAUUGUGUUCUUUUCCUAUCAGAAUGGCAAAUGAGAAGCAACUGUUACUGCAACCACUCCAGAAAAUAACCCAAGUGGAAAUGCAUAUUACAACUGACAUUAAGACUGGAACCAGGAUCACACCACACCUUGAUGUAUGGAGCUUCAGGAAAAGGUGUCUUCACUAGAUAAAGAUCACCUUGAAGGGAGUCAUGGAUUAUCUAAACAUUACUGAACAAAAUUAUACAUUGGAACAUAAUGAUACAUUGCAAGAACCGCUUGAAAAAGUAACAUCCAAGAUUCUGGUUUCUCUGACGCUUUCUGUGCUGGCAGUAAUGACAACUGUCAUCAACUCUCUAGUGAUGACUGCAAUAAUUGUGACACGGAAGCUUCACCAUCCUGCCAACUAUUUAAUUUGCUCCUUGGCAGUUACUGAUUUCCUGGUUGCAAUCCUGGUCAUGCCCUUCAGCAUUGUCUAUAUUGUGAAAGAAACCUGGAUCAUGGGUCAGGUGAUGUGUGACAUUUGGCUCAGCGUGGACAUCACCUGCUGUACCUGCUCCAUCUUGCAUCUCUCGGCUAUUGCUUUGGAUCGCUACCGAGCAAUCACAGACGCUGUGGAAUAUGCCAGGAAGAGGACACCUAAACAUGCAGGCAUCAUGAUUGCCAUUGUGUGGGUCAUUUCCAUCUUUAUUUCAAUGCCACCAUUGUUUUGGCGGCACCAGGCAGCCAGCAGAGAUGAUGAAUGUAUCAUUAAGCACGACCACAUUGUUUUCACCAUUUACUCCACGUUUGGAGCCUUUUACAUCCCACUGGCAUUAAUUCUGAUCCUUUACUACAAAAUAUACAAAGCAGCCAAGACUUUUCACAGAAGAAGUGUGAGCCGGGUUCUCAAAGAGGAUGUCAAUGGACAGGGUCUCUUGGAAGCAAGUGAAAAAAGCUGCCGAUUAGCUUCCUCUGCCUCCUGCACAAAAGGUAAAACAUCACACCCUACGUCAGAUAUUGACAGAAUCCAUAUUUCUCUACGAAGCCCCAACUCCGAGUCCAAGAAUGAAAAAGGCUGGAGGAGACAACGGAUUUCCACUACAAGAGAGAGAAAGGCAGCAACUACCCUUGGCCUGAUUUUGGGUGCCUUUGUGAUCUGCUGGCUGCCCUUCUUUGUGAAAGAGGUGGUAGUCAAUACCUGCGAAAGAUGUCAAAUUUCAGAAGAAAUGUCUAAUUUUCUGACAUGGUUGGGCUAUAUCAAUUCUCUUGUUAACCCCCUGAUUUACACAAUCUUUAAUGAAGAUUUUAAGAAAGCAUUCCAGAAACUUAUCCAGUGCAAGAGCUAUCUUUGAAAGAAAAAAAGUGAUUUUUGGACAAUUUAAAAACUGGGGGGGGGGUUUUGGAGGGGGGGAUAAAAAAAUCAAUAAUGGAUUUAUAGUUCUGCUGGAAUUGUGCCAAACUGUACUGAAGAAUUUACCACACUCUAGAAGGUUCCAGUGCAUGCCCAAAAGUCUUCUGGGUUCUGUGGGUUGCACAUGCACCUCAGUCACUGAUACUGUGCAUUUGUGCAAUGACUUAGCUCUGCAGUAGUGAUAGAUGUCUAGGUGCAGUCCAACCUAUAGUAUCCCUGAAGCCUUUGCAGGAUGCUUUCCAGUAAUGCUAGAACACAUUGACUUUGGUAAGUUCUGACGGCAGAAUAGGUCUCCAGAGUUUGUUGGAAAUCUGGACCCAAAAAAAAUCCAGUUUCACCAAACCAAUCCUGGGGCACAUCUUUAAUAUUUACAUAUUUGACUUUCAACACUAGCUGUGUUUAAAACAGGCAUUGAGACACCCACAUAUUGACUAUCUCUGUUUUGUAUCAUUAGCAUCUGGCAGUGAAUUUUGUCCACAUGCUAAAACAUAAUCUGUAGUCACUAUAUUUAUUGGAAAGAGGGGAAACUACAUGAACAGAAAGGACUGAGACUUACCCAGACAAGUGAAAGUGCUUAACAUGAAUAGCCUCGUGACAUUUCAGGUGUUCAGCCUGAACGUAGCUUCAUGUACUCUUGACUGGGUGCAGGAAGCAUCCCAAGGGAAGGCAGGCAUCUGUUUUCUGGUACAACACUUAAAAUUAAGAGGAUGCACAAGGCUUUUUCCAUGUAGCCCCAUAGAAUUGCUUAUUAAUCAAAAUAUUACUACAGAGAUUUAAAACUUCAGACCUUCUACAGAAUAAAUUCAUUUUUUGAUUUAAAAUAUGGGAAGGGUUUGGCUUAUAAAAUAUUUAAUGGAAAUGGAAAACAGCCCUUUUAAUUAAGGAUUCAGCCAUGUAACCUCCAUAAAUGCCAGCGCUGGACCAGAGUAAAGCCAUUAGUGGAGUGCAUUAUACAAGAUAUAUAAGAAAGUAUUCCUUGUAGCCUGGACUAGCUCACAAUGUGAUUGUGCACCCAACAAUCUACUUGCUCUAGGAUAAAGAUUCAUGGAAACCGCUCGUUUUACAACAGGGGCUGAAUUCUACACCGUGUUUCACGUGUAUUUUAACAAAACCUGCACACAGUUGAGAAAGAACGUUCUUGCACAAAUACGGUUGUUUGAUUGUACAGCCAAUAGAAACAAUGGCCAUACUAUCACGCAACUGUGUUCACAGGAGCACUCUUGCACAACUGCACGCACAUUAUGUUAAAAUGUGUAUGGCAUGCUGUGCAGAAUGUCAGCCAGGGAAUCCAGUUAGUGGUGCCUUAAGGGAAGAAUCUUAACAUGUUCUCUUUUCUUGCAGGGCUGAUUCUCAUGACUCUGCAGGAGUCAAAGUGAGAUGAUAUUUCUUGGGCAUGUAAUAUGCUUUCAGUCUCUUCUGAAGGGGUCAGAUCAGUAUGGCACUACCCACCUUGUUAUAGCCUGACUGUGGGCAUGUGAAUUACGUGAUGCAGUACUCAGAUUUAUUAUUUAAUUGUACUCUGCUUUUCUUAACAAAGACUGCCAUCCUGUGCACAUUUAUUUCUGUACUACUUACAAUAUUUGUAUACUGCUUUUCAGCCAUAAUGGUUCUCAGAGCAGUUUGCAAUAACAAAUAAAACAAUUAAAAAUAAAAAUCAACUCAAAA